UUAGUCCUAAAGUCCUCAGUCACGUAACGCAAUCCAAACUUUCCAACCGUAUCUCUCUUUCUCUAGAAUUGAAUUCCCUCUCUCUCUCUCUCUCUCAAGCUUCAAUGUCAGUCUUCGCAGCCCUUCGCCCAUGCUGCUCCUUCCGAUCCCCUGAGCUUUAGAACGCGAAGAAAAAUGGUGUUUAAGGGGCGCUUCUUCUCCUCUUCCUCUUCCAAGAAAUCCGACUCCUCCAGCGCCGACGGAUCCAACUCCAACUCUCCCCGGUCCAUCGCCUCCAACUCCAACUCGCCCAUACGAUCCGACAAGAAAAAGUCCAAAGCUUCCUCCUCUAUCACCUCCAAAGACGACCACCCCUCCGGUACCAGAGGCUUGGCCUCCGGUUGCCGACAAACUCAAGUUAAGGAUGGAGCCAAGAAGAAGGAUUCCAAAGUUAAAGAGACUUUAACCCCAAGUCAAAGCCCAUCAAAGCCCGGCUCAACUCUGGGUUCGGGGGCGAGGGCCAAGAAGGAGGUAACGGCGGCGGAGGCCCCGUCGUCUGUGUCUCCAAUACUGGCGUCGUCCCUGGGAUUGAAUAGGAUAAAGACGCGAUCGGGGCCGUUGCCUCAGGAGAGCUUCUUCGGGUUUAGGAGCUGCGACAAGGGCUCGGCUCUUGGCGCCAGCAAUUUAUCGAGGCCAGGUAACGUCGGCGCCGGGUCUGGUUCGGGCUCUGGUUCCGGAAUUGGGGGGAAGAAGAAGGAGGCUGUGGGUCCGAGUAGGAUGAUGGGGUUUCAAGAGCAUUGGGUUGAUAAUGGUAGCAACUCUGAUAGUAUGUCCACUGGAAGUGCGCAAUCUAGAGACCAGAGUCCCAAUGUGAUUGCGCGCUCAAGGUUACAGAAUGGGGAGUCUUCCUCUCAACCAGGGCAAUUUGAAUCAUCACGUGGUCAGUCAGGAGGCUUAAGAAGUUCAGAUCUUUGUACACCAGAGACUGCAUAUGAUUGUGACAACCCAAAGGAGUCCGAGUCUCCUCGUUUUCAAGCUAUUCUGCGCGUCACAAGUGCACCUAGAAAGAGGCCUGCUGAUAUCAAAAGUUUUUCUCAUGAACUAAAUUCCAAAGGCGUUCGGCCUUUCCCAUUUUGGAAGCCUCGAGGCUUAAAUAACUUGGAGGAAAUAUUGGUCAUCAUACGGGCAAAAUUUGACAAAGCAAAGGAAGAAGUAAACUCUGAUCUGGCUAUUUUUGCGGCAGAUCUGGUCGGAACUCUUGAAAAAAAUGCAGAUAGUCAUCCUGAGUGGCAGGAAACUAUUGAGGACUUGCUGGUUUUGGCUCGGAGUUGUGCUAUGACUUCUCCCGGGGAGUUUUGGCUUCAAUGUGAAGGCAUAGUUCAGGAAUUGGAUGAUAGGCGUCAAGAACUUCUGCCGGGUAUGCUAAAGCAGCUUCAUACUCGAAUGCUUUUCAUUCUCACAAGGUGUACCAGAUUGUUGCAGUUCCACAAAGAGAGUUUGGCUGAGGAUGAUGGUUUCCAGCUUCGUCAAUCUAGAAUCCUGCAUUCUGCAGAAAAACGAAUUCCUCCCAGCAUGGGAAGGGAGUAUAAAAGUUCUAUUGCCGCAAAGGCAUCAAAGGCAGCUUCAGCUAGGAAAUCCUACAGUCAGGAGCAGCGCAGCUUAGAUUGGAAGAGAGACCAUGUUAUUCAACCAGGAAAUUUGUUCUCCCCUCCUGCAGAUGACAGUUCAAAGAACUUGGAAUCUCCCUUAGGCAGGGAUCGUAUGGCUUCUUGGAAGAAACUCCCAUCUCCACCAGGGAAAAGUAUGAAAGAAGCUGCUCUGUUGAAGGAGCAGAAUGAGGGUAAGGUCAAUUUUUUGAAGACAGCCAACAACAGGAGAGCUAUUUCUUACACAGAUUUGGCUGUAGCUAAGGCUCCUGAGCUUCCUCCUGCAAAAGAUUCUCAUGAACAUUCUUCCAAGCACCAACACAAAGUGUCUUGGGGUUACUGGGGUGAUCAGCAAUUUAUUUCUGAUGAAAGUUCAAUUAUAUGUCGCAUUUGUGAGGAGGAGGUCCCCACUUUAAAUGUGGAAGACCAUUCAAGAAUUUGUGCUAUUGCUGAUCGAUGUGAUCGGAAGGGUCUAAAUGUCAAUGAGCGUCUUGUCAGAAUUGCUGAAACUCUUGAGAAAAUGAUGGAAUCAUUUGCUCAGAAGGAUGUUCAACAUUUAGUGGGAAGUCCGGAUGUUGCAAAAGUGUCAAAUUCAAGUGUGACAGAAGAAUCUGAUCUUCUCUCUCCAAAACUCAGUGAUUGGUCCCAUAGAGGCUCAGAGGACAUGCUUGAUUGUUUUCCUGAAGCUGAUAAUUCUGUCUUUAUGGAGGACCUGAAAGGUUUACCUUCCAUGACAUGUAAAACUCGAUUUGGUCCAAAAUCAGAUCAAGGAAUGACGACGUCAUCUGCUGGUAGUAUGACUCCUCGGUCUCCGUUAUUGACACCAAGGACCAGUCCGAUUGACUUCCUCUUGGCAGGAAAGGGUGCCUACUCAGAGCAUGAAGAUGUUCCGCAGAUGAAUGAACUUGGUGAUAUUGCACGGUGUGUUGCAAAUACACCUUUGGAUGAAGAUCGCUCUAUGCCAUAUCUAUUAUCUUGUCUUGAAGACUUGAGGCUUGUCAUUGACCGCAGGAAGUUUGACGCGCUUACGGUGGAGACAUUUGGGGCACGCAUUGAAAAGCUGAUUCGGGAGAAGUAUUUGCAGCUCUGUGAGAUGGUGGAUGAUGAAAAGAUUGAUUUAACCAGUACAAUAAUUGAUGAAGAUGUUCCUUUGGAGGAUGAUGUGGUUCGUAGUUUGAGAACAAGCCCCAUACAUUCAUCUAAGGACCGUACCUCUAUAGACGACUUCGAGAUUAUAAAACCUAUCAGUCGGGGAGCAUUUGGACGGGUUUUCUUGGCUAAAAAGAGAACAACAGGCGACUUGUUUGCGAUAAAGGUUCUUAAAAAGGCAGACAUGAUCCGUAAGAAUGCUGUUGAAAGUAUAUUAGCAGAACGUGAUAUUUUAAUUUCAGUUCGCAAUCCUUUUGUGGUUCGCUUCUUCUAUUCUUUUACAUGUCGUGAAAACUUAUAUCUUGUAAUGGAGUAUCUGAAUGGAGGAGAUUUAUAUUCCUUGUUGAGAAAUUUGGGCUGCUUAGACGAGAAUGUUGCUCGUGUAUACAUGGCCGAAGUUGUUCUUGCUUUGGAAUAUUUACAUUCUCUGCAUGUGGUCCAUCGUGAUUUGAAGCCUGAUAAUCUUUUAAUUGCACAUGAUGGCCAUAUUAAGUUAACAGACUUUGGGCUUUCUAAAGUUGGUCUCAUAAAUAGCACUGAUGACUUGUCUGCUCCAGCAGUUAGUGGGACAUCCCUACUAGUGGAAGAUGAACCUAAGUUAUCUGUAUCCGAGCAUCAGCAAGAAAGGCGGAAAAAACGUUCUGCUGUGGGCACGCCAGAUUAUUUGGCACCCGAGAUACUUUUGGGAACAGGACAUGGUGCAACUGCAGAUUGGUGGUCUGUAGGUGUCAUAUUAUUUGAAUUGAUUGUUGGCAUUCCACCAUUCAAUGCAGAACAUCCUCAGACCAUAUUUGAUAAUAUUCUCAAUCGGAAUAUACCUUGGCCCCGGGUACCAGAUGAAAUGAGUCCUGAAGCACAAGAUCUAAUUGAUCGAUUACUUACUGAGGACCCUCAUCAGAGACUUGGAGACAGAGGAGCAUCGGAGGUGAAGCAACAUGUCUUCUUCAAAAAUAUCAACUGGGACACGCUUGCCAGGCAGAAGGCUGCUUUUGUUCCCUCUUCAGAGAGUGCACUAGAUACCAGUUACUUCACAAGUCGCUACACUUGGAAUCCUUCGGAUGACCAUGGUUAUCCAGCCAGUGAAGAGGAUUCCAGUGAUGCUGACAGCUUAAGUGGCAGCAGUAGUUGCUUGAGCCAUCGCCAGGAUGAAGUGGGAGAUGAAUGUGGGGGUCUUGCUGAAUUUGAGUCUGGCUCAUCUGUGAAUUACUCUUUCAGUAAUUUCUCAUUCAAGAAUCUAUCCCAGCUAGCAUCAAUCAACUACGACCUGCUGUCAAAGGGUUUCAAGGACGAUCACCCAACAAAUCCAAAUGCAUGACUUAUCUGGAAUAGGUUUUUGGAUUAGUUUGAUUAGGCAUAUUUGUGGGGCUGAAUCGGUGUUACUGUACAACCUGUACAUAAAUAGAGGAGAACAUAGAGGCUAAAACUGGUUCGGGAUGUUCUUUCCUUGGACUUAACAGGUCUAGUCCAGGGGUUCGAUGAUAUUAGCGUUGAGCUGCUUGUUGGUUUUAUUUUGAGAAACUUCACCCCUAAUUUAUGUGCCCUGGUGUUGGUUAUAGUCUUGAUUUGUGGUGCUUUAUUGGAGAUGCAGGUACCAAGACUGCAAGUGGUAGAAAAGAGUGGUUCUCUGAUGAUGCAGAUCACUUAAUGGCUUAAUUCCCCUAAAAACAGGUGCUAAAAUUGAGCUUGAAAUGGUGUUUAAAGAGAUUAUUUCAUCAGUAUUUCUUUUGCUCAACAAAGCCUGAAUUUAUGUAUCCAAGAGGCAUCAUCAUCCAUCAACAUGUAGAGCUUAGCCUGUUGAGCAGCACAUCCGAUGAAAGCUAGCCGUCUUGGAAUUUAGCUCCAUGAAAGUGAGUUAGGAAACUAAGCAAGUGAAGCAACCAUCAAGCCAACAUGCCUACAGUGAAGGAUGAUACUAGAGUCAUUGCUAUGGAUGUACGUACGAACACCAUACCAUCUCUCCGGACUGCUAUCGUGGGCUCCAGAUGAUGCUGAUCGAGGACCGGGUCACCACCAAAUGCUGUAAAUGACUCUUUAUCUCAUUCCAGCUUGUUCUGUGAUUUUUGGCAUCAACAUACCUAUUAUUAAGUUAUAACAAUUCAACAAACUUAUUUGAACUCACAACUUCACUUUUAUUUC